GUCCAGCUAUGGUUUAGCUUAUAAGUUGCAUAUAAAGAGUUCAACACGGUACCAUACAUGACAAAUGUACUAUCAACUUCACUUUAGAAGCAAAGUUUCCUCCUUUUACUCCCUUACUUUCUUGUCGUACAAUCGCCAUAUUUGUAUCUCUUUUAGCACCUUUUAUCGAAACCCAAAUGACACUUCGAAACCAGAAGUAUUGCCUUCCUCCAAAUUGGUACCCUCCAGUAACGUAAAAUUUUCAAGAAAUGGUCACUUUCCGUACAAUUGCAGACCUGAUGAUGUGGUAUUGUCAAACAAGAAAAUUACCAGUUUUAUUCGAUGUGGGGAUUUAGAUUCUGCGCUUAGAGUUUUCGAAAGCGUUAAGGUUAAGACAGUAAUUACAUGGAAUUCAAUAUUGGCUGGAUUUUCAAGAAAACCUGGAUAUAUUGACGAAGCUCGCCAACUGUUUGAUAAAAUUCCUGAACCAAAUGUUGUGUCGUAUAAUACUAUGUUAGCUUGUUAUUGGAGAAAUUCUGAUAUCCAGGCUGCUAAAAGUUUCUUUGAUCAAAUGCUAGUUAAAGAUGUUGCUUCCUGGAAUACAAUGAUUUCGGGGUUUUCACAAAAUGGACUAAUGGGUGAAGCCGAAAAGUUGUUUCGGGUAAUGCCGGUGAGGAAUGAGGUUACUUGGAAUGCUAUGGUAGCUGGGUAUGUUGAGUCUGGUGAAUUGGAAUCAGCAGUGGAGUUGUUUAGUGAAGCUCCUGUGAAAGGUGUGAUUGCUAGGACAGCGAUUGUGACGGGGUAUAUGAGAUUAGGAAACGUUGAAAUGGCGGAAAAGAUGUUUCGAGAGAUGUCUGAGAAGAGUAUGGUAACGUGGAACACUAUGAUUUCGGGUUACAUUGAGAAUGGGAGAGCGGAGGAUGGUAUGAAGUUGAUCAAGAAAAUGAUGGGGUCGGGUAUAAAGGUGAACGACUCAACGUUGAGUAGUCUUUUACUAGGUUGUAGUAAUUUAUCUGCAUUGAAAUUAGGGAAGCAAGUUCAUCAGCAUGUGGUGAAGUCCCCCCUGUACUUUGAUAUGACGGUGGGGACUUCAUUGAUUAGCAUGUAUAGCAAGUGUGGAGUUUUGGAGGAUGCGUGGAAAUUGUUUCUUGAGAUGCCAAGAAAGGAUGUUGUCACUUGGAAUGCGAUGAUUUCGGGGUAUGCUCAACAUGGCGAAAGCAAGAAAACACUUUGUUUGUUUGAUGAGAUGAGGAGUAAACGAAUAAAACCAGAUUGGAUAACCUUUGUUGGAGUUCUAUCAGCAUGUAACCAUGCAGGUUUGGUCAAUCUCGGUAUUCAAUAUUUUGAACAAAUGCAGAAUGAUUAUGGUGUUAAGCCAAAACCAGACCACUACACUUGUAUGGUCGACCUCCUUGGACGAGCUGGAAAGCUAAACGAAGCUGUGGAUUUGAUAAGAGAAAUGAAUUUCAAACCCCAUAUAGCGCUAUUUGGAUCACUUUUGGGUGCUUGUAGGAUCCACAGAAACUUAGAAGUAGCAGAGUUUGCUGCCAAAAACUUGCUUGCCCUUGAACCUACAAAUGCAGCAGGCUAUGUCCAACUUGCUAAUGUUUAUGCAGCCAAAAACCAAUGGGAUGGUGUUUCUAAAGUUAGAAAAUCAAUGAAAGAGAACAAAGUUAUCAAAACACCAGGAUAUAGUUGGAUGGAGGUUGGGAGAGUGGUCCAUGAGUUCAGAUCAGGAGAUAGACUUCAUCCAGAUAUCGAAAGCAUACGAAUGAAACUAAAAGAUCUUGAAAAGAAAAUGAAGUUAGCAGGUUAUGUGCCUGAUCUUGACUCUUCGUUACACGAUGUCGGUGAGGAACAGAAAGAGCAACUACUUCUCUGGCACAGUGAGAAACUAGCAAUUGCCUUUGGUUUAAUGAAAUUACCAGCAGGAAUGCCAAUUAGGAUAUUCAAGAACCUCAGAGUUUGUGGAGAUUGCCACCAAGCCACUAAAGUUAUUUCAGCAAUAGAAAAUAGGGAAAUCAUUGUCAGAGACACAACUAGGUUUCACCAUUUCAAAAAUGGAGCUUGUUCUUGUGGUGAUUACUGGUAAACUAUUUAAGAGUGAGAAAACCUUUUUUUAUAGGAGAUGUUCCAUUCUUUAUUCGAUAACAGAGAAAAAGAUUGAUUUUUGAGGUUGCCAGAAUGAAGUUUCUGCUAGUCUAUUGAAUAUGUUUUCUUAAAGGAAGAUGUUAUCUGUAGUUUUUAGGAUUUCUCUUCAGAUGUUGUUCUAACAUUCUUUUUUUGUUGAGGUUCCCAGUAUAUAUGUUAUGAUUAAGCAUUUUUGUAACAUGCUUCCAGUUUGUUUUACGACUAAUCUAAUGCAAUUAUUCGUCUGU